CUGGAUUUUCUUGCUCAAGAACUCAGUCAGGUGAGGCCCAUCAACAAGGGUAGCAGUGAGAUUCGAAAACAGCUCGGCCUAAUCUGGACGUUGAUUUUUUUCACGUCGACACUCAAUUGCAACUUGCUUGUGCGACAACAGUGUCGGAUGUUGUGCUCUUCGGUAGUGGACUGACAGUGACCAGUGCUUCGAUAUCUUCAAAAGAAGAGUGUCCAAUUUUUCCAAGUAUGCCAAGGGUGAAAGUGUUAAGCCAUCCCUUCGACACACCUUUGCUACUUGACUCGCCUACUCGCUCGCCCCGUUCCAGCCCUGGAAGCAGCACAAGGGGCGAGUCCAGCAGGAGUUUAAGUCCAGCCUCGCCCCAUGCCUGUGACGUGCCUGCCUACCGCCAAAGUGCCUUCACCCAGGUAUAUCGCCGGGAACAUCGGGAGUUUUGCAAAAAUAUGGAGGCGAUGAUUUCCGCCAAUAAUCGCUUCACUCCUUAUCCGAUUUUCCCCAGCGGCUUCCCCGUCCUUCCCAAUUUGUUGCCCGGAUUCUGCCUGUCGUAUGGGGCAGGCGUGCGACGUUUCGAGCAGCACAGCCCCGAACAGGCGCCAUCAUCAGUCGAAAGCAGAAUGGAAAAAAGCCAAAUAGACGAGGAUGUGCCGUUAAAUUUGUCCCUAAAAGGACGAUCGAGGACGCACAGUAUUUGGUCACCAGGGAGCCUGUGCGAACAAGAAAUGAACAAUGUGGCAACAAAAUCGAACGACACCAAAAUGGGCACAAUGCUAAUGGGGCCAGAAAAAACACUCGAUGCUCGAUGGAAAUGGGAUCACGAAAAAGAGUACCAGAACAAGACGGCACACACCAUCGGACCCAGCGGCGAGAAACAAUUCACGAUGGUGAGAGAAGCGAAUGAUGAACAACGUUUUACGGUUCUGCAGAAGAAAAUGGCAUUGGAAAUGAGGAUCUGUCGCAAUGAGUAG